AUGGACUUAACUCCCGAAGAAACCAAUCUCGUCGAGAUCGCCAGAACGACAAUCAAUGCGAUUCCCAAGUCAGAUAUCUACAGCGUAUCCAGCGCAGCCCUGUCAGAAAAUGGCCAAAUUUUCACCGGCGUGAACGUAUUUCACUUCACAGGUGGACCAUGUGCCGAGCUCGUGGUUCUCGGCGUAGCGGCAGCUGCCGGGGCUCCCCGUCUAUCGCAUAUUGUUGCCAUUGGGGAAGAUGGCCAUGAUGGAGUUCUUCUCAAUCCCUGCGGUCGGUGUCGACAGGUGCUGUAUGAUUUACACCCUGGGAUUCGUGUUAUUGUCCAAAAGGGUGUGGAGGUGAAAUCUGUCUCUAUUGACGAGUUGUUGCCUUAUGUUUAUGAGCAGAGGGAUUAA